AUGGCCAGCCCGCCGGAGCCUCGCGCUCCCCGCCCCCAGGCUCCCCUGCCCGCGGCGGGGGACGAGCCGGGCCCGGGCCCCGGCAAACUCCGCCCGGAAGCCCGGCGCGGCGCGGCCCCGGAGCGGCCAGGCCGCGGGCGGGCCGAGCGCGCCGCGCCCCCGCGCGCGCCCCCCUCCCCGGCAGGCCGCGUGGGCUCGGCCGGGGGGCCCGGCGCGCUCUCGGCGCUCGGCGGCUGCUGGGUCGCGGCCCGGGCCCCCUUCGCGCUCGCGCUCUCCUCCCCCGCCCCCUCGGCCUCCCCAUCUUCCUUUUACUUCUGGCCGCCGCCGCCCCUGCCCCCUCCCUCGUUUCUCCCCUCCUCAGCCGCCUUUCACCUCCCCGCGCGUCUCCCAGGAAGGGAGGGCGCGGCGGCGGGAGGAGGUGGAGGCGGCGGCGAUGCUGGCGGCGGCGGAGGACAAGAGGCAGCUCCGCUGAGCGUCCCCGCCAGCAGCAGUCCGCGCGGCGGCGGCGGCGGCGGGCGGCGGCGCCUCUUCCUCUCGCUCGCGCUCCAAGGCUUGCUGCUCCCCGCGCGCGCCGGGCCCCGAGCGCCGCCGCCCCGGCUGCCCUUCGGCGCGGCCGCCCGGCGCGUGGGCUUCCCCGGCUUCCCGGGCGCCGGCGGGGGCUGCCCCGGCCCCGCCGGCGGAGGCGGCGGCCGCCACCGUGACCGAACUCCACAGCGGCCCGGAGGCGCCGGCUGUGCGCUCGCCUCGCUUCUUCUCGGCUCCGACAUGGAAGAUGGACCUUCUGGUAACGCGAGCUGCUUCCGAAGGCUGACCGAGUGUUUCCUGAGCCCCAGUUUGACAGAUGAAAAAGUGAAGGCCUAUCUUUCUCUUCACCCCCAGGUAUUAGAUGAAUUUGUUUCUGAAAGCGUUAGUGCAGAGACCGUAGAAAAAUGGCUGAAGAGGAAGAACAACAAGCCCGAAGAUGAAUCGACUCAUAAGGAAGUCAGCAGGUACCAAGACACAAAUAUGCAAGGAGUUGUAUAUGAACUAAACAGCUACAUAGAGCAACGGCUGGAUACUGGGGGAGACAACCAACUGCUUCUCUACGAGCUGAGCAGCAUCAUUAAAAUAGCUACAAAAGCCGAUGGAUUUGCACUGUAUUUCCUUGGAGAGUGCAAUAACAGCCUGUGUGUGUUCACACCCCCUGGGUUGAAGGAAGGCAGGCCCCGGCUCAUCCCCGCUGGGCCCAUCACCCAGGGCACCACCAUCUCUGCGUAUGUGGCCAAGUCAAGGAAAACGCUGCUGGUGGAAGACAUCCUUGGGGAUGAGCGAUUUCCAAGAGGUACGGGACUGGAAUCAGGGACUCGUAUCCAGUCUGUUCUUUGCUUGCCCAUUGUCACUGCCAUCGGAGAUUUGAUUGGCAUUCUCGAGCUGUAUCGUCACUGGGGCAAAGAAGCCUUCUGCCUGAGUCACCAGGAGGUUGCGACAGCAAAUCUUGCCUGGGCCUCGGUAGCAAUCCAUCAGGUGCAGGUGUGCCGAGGUCUUGCCAAACAGACUGAACUGAAUGACUUUCUCCUCGACGUGUCAAAAACGUAUUUUGAUAAUAUAGUCGCAAUAGAUUCUCUACUUGAACACAUAAUGAUAUAUGCAAAGAACCUGGUGAAUGCCGACCGCUGUGCCCUCUUCCAGGUAGACCAUAAAAACAAGGAGCUAUAUUCAGACCUUUUUGAUAUUGGAGAGGAGAAGGAGGGCAAGCCUGUCUUCAAGAAGACCAAAGAGAUAAGAUUUUCAAUUGAGAAGGGCAUUGCUGGUCAGGUAGCCAGAACAGGAGAGGUCCUGAACAUCCCAGACGCCUACGCUGACCCGCGCUUCAACAGAGAAGUGGACUUGUACACGGGCUACACCACACGGAACAUCCUGUGCAUGCCCAUCGUGAGCCGAGGCAGCGUGAUCGGCGUGGUGCAGAUGGUGAACAAGAUCAGCGGCAGCGCCUUCUCCAAGACGGACGAGAACAACUUCAAGAUGUUUGCUGUCUUUUGUGCUUUGGCCUUGCACUGUGCUAAUAUGUACCACAGGAUCCGUCACUCGGAGUGCAUCUACCGGGUGACCAUGGAGAAGCUGUCUUACCACAGCAUCUGCACGGCGGAGGAGUGGCAAGGCCUCAUGCGCUUUACCCUGCCCGCUCGCCUCUGCAAGGAGAUUGAACUGUUCCACUUUGACAUCGGUCCUUUUGAAAACAUGUGGCCUGGGAUAUUUGUCUACAUGGUCCAUCGGUCCUGUGGGACUUCCUGCUUUGAGCUCGAGAAGUUGUGCCGCUUCAUCAUGUCUGUGAAGAAGAACUACCGGCGGGUUCCCUACCACAACUGGAAGCACGCGGUGACGGUGGCUCACUGCAUGUACGCCAUACUGCAGAACACCUACGGGCUCUUCACUGACCUGGAGCGCAAAGGCCUGCUGAUCGCGUGUCUGUGUCACGACCUGGACCACAGGGGCUUCAGUAACAGCUAUCUGCAGAAGUUCGACCACCCACUGGCCGCUCUCUACUCCACCUCCACCAUGGAGCAGCACCACUUCUCACAGACGGUGUCCAUCCUGCAGUUGGAGGGACACAACAUCUUCUCCACGCUGAGCUCCAGUGAGUACGAACAGGUGCUUGAGAUAAUCCGCAAAGCCAUCAUUGCCACAGACCUCGCCCUGUACUUCGGCAACAGGAAGCAGUUGGAAGAGAUGUGCCAGACUGGAUCGCUAAACCUUAACAACCAGUCUCAUAGAGACCGGGUGAUCGGUUUGAUGAUGACGGCCUGUGACCUCUGUUCCGUGACGAAACUGUGGCCGGUUACAAAACUGACAGCCAAUGACAUUUAUGCGGAGUUCUGGGCCGAGGGUGAUGAAAUGAAGAAAUUGGGCCUACAGCCUAUUCCCAUGAUGGACAGAGACAAGUGGGAUGAGGUCCCGCAAGGCCAGCUGGGAUUCUACAACGCUGUAGCCAUCCCCUGUUACACCACCCUCACCCAGAUCCUACCUCCCACCGAGCCUCUGCUCAAAGCCUGCAGGGACAACCUCAAUCAGUGGGAGAAAGUGAUCCGAGGGGAGGAGACGGCCUUGUGGAUCUCGGCCCCACCGGCAGCCCCUGACGCCGGAGAGAAGCUGCCACCUGGGAAAACGGACAACUGACCAGGGCCAGGCCUCCUCCGCUGCGAACCUCAUCUGCUUCUUCAAAUUUAUUUUAUUUUAUUUUAUUUUAUUUUAUUUUAU